AUGUGGACCUAUGUAUGUGGUGGUGGGCUGGAAGUAGAUGGUGACGCUGAAGGGUUCUCCAUCGCCUCGGACGCUUCAGAAGCCACCAGUACUGGUUCUGAUGCUAGUGAAGUCAUUGAAGACGACUCAGAACAGAUCAAAAGUCCAGAGGAGGUCGCUCGACGGUGCACCGACUCGGGAUGCGUAUGCCUAUGGGCAGUGUGUCUAGCAUCCUUUGCCAUCUGUAUUUUAUUAGGAACACUGCAAGAGGAGCGACACCAGUUCGUGAGGCUCACGAACAAAAGAGGUACGCAAUGUGGCGUUUUUGAUCAGAAGGGAAAAGAGUUUUGGUUUCUCUGCACGGCGAACGAGUCAAGCUUCGCUGACUCUAUCGCCACAUGUGUGCCAGACUGUGCAAUGGGUACUGAUCUCAAUAGCUACUGCGAGGAUGCUGCAUUUGUGGAAAAUGCAACGCUGGCUGGGAAUGCAACUCCUGCAAGUAACUACACGUACCUGGCUCGGCAAGCCGGACCUCUUUGCAUACCAGUGCACGCCCACCGUGCUUUGAGCUUCCGUCGGCAGCUGGUGGAAAGGGGCUUUUUGUCCAUCGAUAUGUUCUUGACAGCAGAAUCUUCGUGGCCUCCUUUGGUGUUUGCUGCUGUGCUGUCAGUUGCUAUAUCGCACUCCUGGAUUCGGGUUCUUCGUGACCAUGCUGGCACCUUGGCGUGGGUGGGUGUCUACUUGCUCGUGGUUUUUCCGAUAGGGGUCUUAGCCUACGAGUGGCUCCAAAGUGGCUACGUGUCCAUCAUCUCCAUGACGCUGACUGCAGUCGCUGUGUGCUGCAUCUCGUGCCUGGCGUGCCGCAGUCAAGAGAACCUUGAUAGAGCCACUCUUUGCCUCAACGCUGCCUGCCAAUGC